AAGUAGGUGUGCAUUUCUACAUUCAAAGCACAACACAGACCAAGGAAAAGCAAAACCAAAGCACACAAAGCUACCAUAACCAUGGCACAAAAACACACAGUGACCGACCUUCGAAACGGUUCUGGCUACGGAUUUCCCAAAAACAAUUAUGGAUGGAGAUAGGAUUCAGUUUACUCACAAUGCAGGGACCGAUGAUGGUUCAAUUGCUGCUGUCGCAUACAAAUUGCAAGAUGAUGGCAAAAUGUGGGUUGUUGCCUGGAGCAACCCUAGAGGUGCAGACAGCAAGGCCUUUACAGAUCUCCUGGAUCAACCUGCUGAUUGGGAUCAAAUCAAAACCGAGCUUGAUGCAAAUGGCAGCGCAGACUAUAAAACUGUCAAGUUCAAUUAUAGGGCGGAAAUAAAAAUUGAUCCCAAGAGCUUUUCGCCUGUAGUGACUGCUUAUCUUGAGAAGAAGUAUGCUUGAAAGGCAUAUAUAUCUGGGAUGGGAUGAGGUUUUCUCUGUCAAAAAUAAAUGAUAAUGUCAUGCCUUGUGCUUCGCAUUGCUACUGCGUGUCUUCAUGGCCUUCAAAAUAUUAUAUGUCACUUCCAUGGCUGGCUAUUUACAUUAUAUAUGGAUUAAAAUAAAAUAAAAGGCCUUUAUCUUAUCUCAUCGUUAA